CCCUCUUUGUCUUAUUGCUGAAUGGGCAUCUUUGAUCUGUGGGCCCUGAUAAAACCUGUGAAGCACCUGUCACUUAGUAUAGCCAUGUCUCAACAAGGAGCAGCCCUGCAAGGAUACAACAACGAGCUCAUCAAAUGUAUAGAGGACCUCUGCUCCAAGCGUGACGAGCUACAGAAGCAGAUCUUGGUAGAGGAGGAGGAGAAACAAAGAGUCCAAAAUGACCUUCGUAUUCUCACUGAGAGGCUGGCUCAGAUCAACGAGGGAUUAGCGCAGAAGAUUGCUAUGAGGAACGAUUAUGACAGGACCAUUUCAGAGACGGAGAAUGCUUACAAAAAGAUUCUCGAGAGUUCUCAAUCGCUGUUACAAGUACUCAAGAAAGAAUCAACACAGUUGAAAGAUAAAUCAACUUCUGAGAUGCCAAGAUCUAGAACUAAACAAAGCACAAAAUAGAAACUGCUAGUUUCAAUACAAAAACUCUAAAUGCAAGUUAUUGUUUAUUAUCUCUUUUCUGUAUGUACUUGUCGUAUAUCAGUUUGGCACUGACCACAUCCUC